AUGUCCUCCGAUACCCCAUCUACCUCAGAGAUUCAGAUCAACGUCAAAGGGCCCAGCGAGCUCAAGCUCCAGAUCACAAUAGCUACCGACAAGACUGUUGCUGACCUGAAGCAGGCCAUUGCGGAGAAGUCAGAUGUCCCUGCUGACCGCCAACGCCUCAUCUACUCCGGGCGUGUGUUGAAGGACGAGGAUGUGCUCUCCACCUACAAGAUCCAGUCUUCGCACACCAUUCACAUGGUCAAGGGCGCAGCCCGCUCGGCCGCAUCGACGUCGCAGUCCGCAGCGCAGCAGCCGCUGCCCAACAUGCAGGCUGGGCAGAACCCGCACGAUCCUCUCACUCAGCUCACUGGCCAUAUGGGGUAUGGGGCGAUGGCUGGUCUUAAUCCCUUUGCCGAGCUCGGCCUCAAUCCCAAUGACCCCAACAUGAUGCAGUCCAUGCUCACAUCGCCUCAAUUCCUUCAGCAAAUGUCUGGUAUCAUGUCCAACCCCGCCUUGCUUGACCAGAUCAUCGCGUCCAACCCUCAACUGGCAGCUAUGGGUCCACAAGUGCGGCAGGUCUUCCAAAGCGAGCAGUUCCGUAACAUGGUGUACGCAGCUUGCCCUACUGUCUCCAUCUCCAAGCUGCCUUCACUCACAUCAAUUACACACAGCUCCAAUCCCGAGACGUUGCGCAUGAUGCUCCAGAUGUCCACGAUGAUGCGCGAUAUGGGCGGUGCAGGUGGUGGUGCAGGAGCCUUCCCAGCGCCUGGUCUGCCCUCUACCGCUCGACAAAAUGUCCAGCCAGCCGCAGGUACUGGCACCGGCACAACCACCUCUCCCGGCACAAUCAACCCCCCUCUUCCCUUCUUCAAUCCCUUCUUCCCCCCACCCCCUGCCACUGGCGCCUCCGCGGGCACAGGCACCUCGCCGACCGCGCCCGGCGCGACGGGUGCCGCAGGAACAGGGGCAGGCGCUGCGCCUGGCGCUGUGCCUGGUGCUGGUUUGUUUGAUCCCGCAAUGAUGCAGCAGAUGCUCGCUGCGAUGGGAGGGCAAGGCGGUGCGGAUCCGUUUGGACUCAGUGCGCUGGGCGGUGGAUUCCCAGCCCCUGCUGCCCCGGCGGACACUAGGCCACCGGAAGAGCGCUUCCAAGUGCAGCUACAACAACUCCAAGACAUGGGUUUCACAAACGCCUCGCAGAACGUCCGUGCGCUGCUCGCCACUGCCGGAAACGUGAACGCUGCUAUCGAGUACAUCCUCGGCGGCGGCGGAUUGUAA